AAGUGCCUUCUCACAACACACACACAUACACACACACACAUGCACACAGAGCUCCUUCAGUGCUGAAGUGAAACAACUUGUGCUGCAUGAACUUGGACAGCAACAUUUCUCCAAACUGAAGUGUUCAAAUGGCUUGAAGGGGAAGGAAAUGGACACGCAAUCAUCUGUUCCUGAACCCUGACGUUGGAGGCAUCGCAGAGCGAGCAGAAGAGGAAGAAAAAGAAGGAGUUUCGAUAUUUCUCUAUCAGCUGAUUUCUAGAGUUUUAACAUGGGAUGAGCUCCUGACUCCAGUGAGUUAAGUUGUAUCCUGACUGAGAUCCCAACCAGAUCUGGACCUGUGAGCUGAGACCCUUUAACCCUGGAGGGGCAGGGAGAAAGGCGGGGAGAAAAUGCGGUGCACUACCCUCACCACCCUGCUGGUGGGAGUCAUGUUGUACCUGGUGAUGGGAGCGUUUGUUUUUGUCACCCUGGAAAAGCCCACAGAGACCUUGGCACAUGAAAAGCUGCUUGAAACCAAGAAAGAAUUCCUCAUGAAAAACUACUGCGUCACCGAGUCGGACUUUCACGAGCUUGUACAGGGUUUGAUGUCUGCAGUCGAGGCAGGCCUGAAUGUGAGCAGAGUUCCUGCCAACUUGACCACUCGCUGGGACAUCGCGUCUGCCUGCUUCUUCUGUGGCACCAUCAUCACCACCAUAGGCUUUGGGAACCUCUCACCUCGGACGCCUUACGGCCAGUUGUUCUGCGUGUGCUACGCUUUGGUUGGCAUCCCCAUGUUUGGCAUACUUCUCGCUGGAGUGGGCGACCACAUGGGCACGGUGCUGCGGAGAGCUGUGGCCAAGAUUGAGACCCUCUUCCUGGUGAGAAUGAAACGCAAGGUCAGGCCCACGACUGUGCGUGUCACCUCAGCAGUUCUCUCCAUCCUAAUUGGCUGUCUGAUCUUCCUCGCUGUGCCGACAGUCGUGUUUCAGAAAGUGGAAAACUGGAAGUUCUUGGAGUCGCUCUAUUUUGUGGUCAUCACGCUUACCACUGUUGGCUUUGGAGACUAUGUACCAGUUGGAGGUACUGAAGACAACAGCUUCUUCAAGCUUCUGGUGUUGUUGUGGAUCGUGUUUGGUCUUGCCUACUUUGCCUCCAUCCUCACCAUGAUAGGCAACUGGCUGAGGGUGCUGUCUAAAAGGACUCGUGCUGAGAUGGAGGAGCUGAGGGCCCACGCAACAGACUGGACGCAGAGCAUGUCCAAGGAUUUCCGCAUCCCAAAUCCUCUGGAAUUUAAUGACCCCUUCCUCCUGCAGCGGCGGCGCUGGAAACGUAGCGAGCGCCGACGCAUCCGCCGGGGAGCCCAGGGUACACUGGGAUACUGGGUGCGAGGGGGACCUGAGAAUGGACAUCUGUCAAGUCACUGGGCUGGCCUGUCGAGCUCCAUGAGUGAACUGCAGGACAAUUCGUCCGGGGUGAGGGGAACUAACUCAAAGGCACAGGUGAGUGCAGCUGGAGGGGGAACGGUCCCCAUAUCAGCAGCAGGGUACAGGGCUGACCCUGCUGGGGUUCUGCAAGGGCAGGGCAGGUCAUUUCCUCACCACCUGUCCCGCUCAUUCUCCGUCCCCGUAACCCGCUCCGGUUCACAGCUGGAUGUUGUAGGGGCACGUAUGCAGGAAGGGUCACUCUCCGGAUCAGAGUCUGCAUUCAACUCCAGGUCAGAUGGCUCCUCAGUCUCCUUCUCCUACAUGGCACCCCACAAGUUCCAGCCGUGCCAAACCAUCGGCAGCAUGGAGGAGGGAUCAGUAAGACUCGCACAUAUGGACACAUCAGAGAGGAAAGAUGAACUGAUUCCAGCAGAGAACUAUGAAUCUGCACCAAACAAUAGCCACAAUCAGGCACCUGACCCUAGUCCUUCUUCUCGCUCUUCCCCUGUGCCCACAUCCCUACCCGAAGUCCUCCUUCCCUCCCCUGACAUCACCACAGCCCCCUCACCAAGCUGCCAGCUGCUCGACUUCUUCGGCGAGAACUUGGCGUACAUUGACGAGUCCUCAGACACCCUGAGCGACCGCCCCCAGUCCACGAGCGAGGAGAAGAGGAGACGGCCCCGAAAGCCUAAGAAGAAGAGCAUGAGGAGACAGCUAUCACACAGGUGGAGCUCGCUGCAGGUGAGGAGGCCCAGCAGUGACAUGCAGCCACCAUCCCAUCCUCCAACACCACCUCCAGCAUCCUCUCUUUCAGACCUGUCUCUACCUGAGAACCAGACAGAUGCAGCUCCUGCACUCUGACAAAAACCAGAUGUGGCAGCCGACAUCACAGCUGUGGUUCUACACUGCUGCUAGCUAGAAGAAACACGCCUCAUGAAUGCAGCUGUUGUUCUGGGGUUUUUUUCUUUUCUUUUUUUUGGUGUUUAUAGUUAGCCUCACAAAACCACCUCACCAAUAUUGCUUUGUUUCUUUUGUGUGACUAAAACGAUAUAAGAUGGGUUUGAGUUUCCAGGACGCUCUGACAAAGAGAUAAAUCUGCCUUUCAGUGAGGCUAAUCGUGCAACUUUAAGUGGACCGCUCCUCUCAUAAACAAGGUUCGGGACUGAGUGAGUCACAUCAUUACCAAGAUGUCAUUAAACAUAAUUAUCUGCUUUGUUUUGAGCUGCUGA